AUGAAGUCGAACGAAGCAACCAGUCCUGAUGACAUACCUACUGAUGUCUGGAAGCUGCUAGAAGAUCGAGGGUCCGUGUGGCGCGCACUUUUCUUUAACAAGAUCGUUGCAGAAGGACGCACUGCAGACGUUUGGCAAAAUUCCGUGACCGUGCCUAUCUGGAAAGGGAAAGCGGACAUUGCUGACUCCACUUCGUACGGGCCUAUGUAUACGACUGCUGUGCCAUACGAUUAA